GGCCCAGAGUGAGUCGCCAGUCUGGGGUAACAAAGUGGGGUUCCUCCCACCUCAGUUUAUGGCGAUGACUCGGACGGGGAGGAUGUGUAUAGAAGUUCUCCGUAGCCUGUGAUAGUUAAGCAAUAAGGAAAGCCUUCAAGAUGCACAGAUCAUGUUGCUUAGUGUUCCUUGGUGUGGUAGGGGUGCUGCUUAUUGCAUUUGGAGUGUUAAUUACUGUGAUGUUUGACCCUAUGGUUAACUCCUUAAUUUUCAAGGAACUUGUUAUUCGCAAUAAUACUGAUGUCUACAAAAACUGGAAGGACCCUCCAAUCGUGCCUCACUUGAAAAUAUACUUCUUUAACAUCACCAAUAAGGAGGAGUUUUUGGAGGGGAGCAAACCAGUGUUCCAGGAGGUGGGCCCAUACUGCUACAGAGAACACUGGAGGAAAAUAAAUAUAUCAUUUCAUGACAAUGGCACUGUUUCUUAUGAGACCCAAAAGUUUUAUUUCUUUGAGAGAAGUGCUUCUGUUGGAUCAGAGGAUGAUCUCAUCACUACCCUCAACAUCCCAAUGAUGACUGCUGUGUCUCAAUGGAGAUUUGCAGCAAGGCUUGCUAAGCUGGCACUCUCAUCCAUGCUGGAGGUGUUGGGCACCAAGCCAUUUGUGACAAAAACUGUCGGGCAGCUAAUGUGGGGCUAUGACGACCCGCUGCUUAAGAUUGCCAAGGACAUCAUUCCCCCUGAUAAGCGUUUGCCACAUGAACAGUUUGGGUUUUUCAUUGAGAAAAACGGAUCAACUGAUGGAUUACUGAACGUGUACACUGGAAGAGACGACAUGACCAAGUACAUGACAAUCAGUACCUUCGACUACAAGUGGGAGUUGCAUUAUUGGAAUACUGAUGAGUGUAACAAAGUUCAAGGCACUGAUGGCUCUUCCUUCCCUCCUGGUGUGAAGAAAGACUCAGUCCUUUACAUGUUCAAUGAAAACUUGUGUCGCUCAAUUCCACUCACAUAUUGGCAUGACGUGAUGGACUUUGGUCUUGAGGGGAUGAGGUUCUCUCCUCCAUCUGAUAUCUUUGCCAAUGUGUCUGUCAAGCCUGAGAAUGAGUGUUACUGUGCCGGUGGCCCUCCUUGCAUUGGUGGUGGUGUGUUCAAUAUCAGUUCAUGUAAAUUUGGGUCCCCAACGCUGAUCUCCUGGCCGCACUUUUAUCAAGCGGAUUCCAAAUACCGAGACGCUGUCAUUGGCAUGAAUCCUGAUCCUGAGAAGCAUGCCAUGUACAUUGAUGUUGCUCCUCGCACCGGAACACCUUUGAGAGCACAGGCUCGGCUCCAGAUCAACAUUGCUGUCCCACAUGUCCCAGAAGUGUAUCCUGCGGCCAAGCUCAGAGAAAUGAUCUUCCCAGUUAUAUGGUUUGAAGAUGGUGUUACAGAGCUUCCUGGAGAUCUAUUGGAUUUGCUGAGGCUUGGUGAAAAUACACCACCGGUGGCCAAAAUGAGUAUGCUUUUAGCAGCAUUCACCAUUGGAUUCACAACUGUCCUGUUCGUGAUGGUUAUAUUCUUUGCCACUCACUACAACUUGCCUGUUCCUUACUUCAACCCCAACUAUAUUCACAAGGAUGGCAAAACAACAAAGAUCAACAAUGCACAACCUCAGGCACACAGACCAGAGUUGUCUGGUCAUGUCAACACUAUGGUGUCCAAUAACCCAGAGAACGAUGAUGCCUGACAUCACGGGACAGACUCACACUCAAGCACACACUCCUGGAGGAACAAUCAUCACUCAGUUGGUCACUUCCAAGAAUCUCAAAGAGCCUCCCAGGGCAGCAGCCAGCCUCAGCCCAGAAUGAUGAGGUCCCUCUUUGGAGAUGGAGCGUCCUACAACAUUGCUGGACAAACCCUUCAUCUCUCCUCAUCCCAGAACCCACACUCACAAGUACAAGCUGCAUCAUAUCGUGCACACAAUUACAUGGUUUAUUCAUAACUUCAGCAUUAUCAGCAUGUAUUAAAACAAAAAUAGUUGAUCCGUGACUGCUCUCAGGUGAUGCUGCAAACUGUUGUAGGAGGAGAGUUUUGAACAGUAUGAUUUUAUAAUAAUUUUGUAGUGCCUGUUUUUCAGAAGAACCAAGAACAUAUAAUUUUUUUAUUCAUGUGUGUGCCUGUCUGUGUGUCUGUCCUGUUAUUGUAAUAGAUGUAUAUUUUAU